CAACUAUCUAAGCGUAAUUACAUUUAAUAAAAAUUUUGAAUUUUGUGCGUUCUGUUUUCGUCCGAUUCAUUAUUUUCUGUUUACAUUCGUUUAAACCGUAAAAAUUCAGCUAAAGAAAAUGUGCAGUAUGAAGAUUACCAUUGCUCUCAUGACACUAGCCUGUGUUACAUUGGCUUACGCCGAGCCACCAGUAACAAACUACCUUCCUCCACAAGCGGCACCAUCAAACCAAUACGGAGCACCAUCAUUCGGCUCAUCUGGUUCCGGUUAUCAAUCGCAGCAAUACAACGCUCCCAGCAACUCGUACAUUCCACCUCAACAAAAUAACUACAGUCCAUCGGCAUCAUACAAUGCACCAUCUUUCGCUCCACAAUCAUCGUACGGUGCCCCUGCAGCUGGCGGUCAUGACAGCGGAUAUGGUGGAUAUGGAAACAGUGAACCAGCUCGUUACAAUUUCGAAUACAAUGUGCAAGACUACCAAUCUGGUAACGAUUUCGGACACAUGGAAUCUCGGGAUGGUGACCGAACCACUGGCAGAUAUUAUGUAUUGUUACCUGAUGGUCGUAAGCAGAUUGUCAACUAUGAAGCUGAUCAAAACGGUUAUCGACCAACCAUCACCUAUGAAGAAACCAACUCUGGUUAUAAUGGCAACAAUAACAACAACAACAACAAUAACUUCAAUGGAUACAAGAAAUAAGUGAAUUUCGUUGGUUAAUGACUAAAAUAUUGGGCAAACUGACUUCGUACCAUUCUCUUAUAAAUACAAAAUAAUAAUUUUAAGAGCUUUAAGAACUGUUAAUUCCCUUGCAGAAUGCUUUCUUUACUUCUAAUUCCCAGUAGGAGAGUGUUGGUAACAAAUAGUUUUGGUGUUAUGUACACAUGCCACACUUUUUGUACAUUUUAUGGACUGUUAUUGUUACCAGACAUGCCUCAGAUCAGAAGUAUGUAAUUUUAGCAAAA